AUGUUCAGGAGGCAUUAUGUGCAUAUGCUUCACAAAUUGUCUUCCAUGUUUGAAUUGAAACAAGUCCAAGCCAUUAUCACCAAAGCAGGGCUUCAAGCUCAUGUUCCUUUCACUUCUAAGUUAAUUUUCUUUUCAGCACUUUCUCCUUUGGGUAACCUCUCCCAUGCCCAUUCUCUUUUCCUAGAAACUUCCAUGGACAACACCUUCAUUUCCAACACUAUGAUUCGAGCUUUUGCCAACAGUUCUUUCCCUCUUGAAGCUUUAUAUAUUUACAACAACAUGAUGCAAAGCAAAAGCACCCAUGUUGUCUCUGAUAAUUUCACCUUCAAUUUUGUGCUCAAGGCCUGUUCUAGAGCUUACAGGUUUAUAGAUGAUUAUGGCAAUGGAAAAUGUGAUGAGCUUGCUAUUGUUUCAAAAGGGGCUGAAGUUCACUGCAGUGUUCUCAAAUUGGGGUUUGAAGAUGACCCAUGUAUUCACAACUCUUUGCUCUAUAUGUAUUCUCAAUGUGGGUUGGUUCCAAUUGCCCAGCAUUUGUUUGAUGAAAUCACCAAUAGAAGUUUGGUUUCUUGGAAUAUCAUGAUAUCAGCAUAUGAUUGUAUUGGUGAUUAUAAAUCAGCAGAUUACCUUCUUGAAUCAAUGCCACACAAGAAUGUUGUUUCGUGGAACACUUUGAUUGCAAGAUACAUUAGGUUAGGUGAUGUUGAGGAAGCAAGAAGGGUGUUCCGGUUUAUGCCCGAGAGGGAUGCUGUAUCAUGGAAUUCUAUUAUUGCUGGUUGUGUUUCUGUUAAGGAUUAUGCAGGAGCAUUGGCACUUUUUUCUGAGAUGCAACAAAAUGAUGAUGUAAAACCAACAGAAGUAACACUUAUAUCAGUUCUUGGUGCCUGUGCUGAAACAGGUGAGCUGGAGAUGGGUAAGAAGAUACAUGACUCUCUCAAAGUGUGUGACCAUAAGAUUGAAGGGUAUUUAGGUAACGCCCUUGUAAAUAUGUAUUCUAAAUGUGGGAAUUUGAGUUCAGCUUGGGAAAUAUUUAAUGGGAUGAGGAUAAAAAAUGUAAGUUGUUGGAAUGCUAUGAUUGUUGGUUUGGCUGUCCAUGGGCACUGUGAGGUGGCUCUGCAAUUGUUCUCAGAGAUGGAACAGAGGCUUGGUACUAUUAGGCCAAAUCGGGUAACAUUUAUUGGUGUUUUGAUUGCUUGCAGUCAUAAGGGUUUGGUUGAUAAAGCAAGAUGGUAUUUUGAUCAUAUGGUGAAUCAGUACAAAAUUGUGCCGGAUAUCAAGCAUUAUGGUUGCAUGGUUGAUCUUUUAAGCAGAUGGGGUUUGUUGGAAGAGGCUCAUCAGAUGAUCAAGACUGUCCCUUUCCAAGACAGUGCAGUUUUAUGGAGUACAUUGCUGGGUGCUUGUAGGACACAAGGUAACGUUGAGUUGGCUAAGAUAUCCUUCCAACAACUUGCCAGAUUGGAGCAUCUAACACAUGCAGAUUACGUGUUGUUAUCUAACAUUUUUGCUGAAGCUGAGAGAUGGAAUGAAGUUGAGCGAGUAAGGAGUGAAAUGAUUGGCUUGCAUGUUCCCAAGCAAGUUGGCUACAGUCAAAUCGAUAUGAAUGAAUCUUAUAAGCUUUCCUGA